AUGGCACAAGGAUAUAUUGAGCCCAAGAAAAAUAUGGAGAUAGAAAUCAUUGCUAGAGACUACUUUGAAAAUUUAGCCAUACACUCGUUCUUUCAAGAUUUUGAGAAAGAUGAAAAUGAAGGCAAGAUACAAAAAUGCAAAAUGCAUGACAUAGUGCAUGACUUUGCACAAUUAAUGUCAAAAAAUGUAUGCUUCACAAUCAAUUCUAACAUAGGGUUGGAAACUGAUUACAAAACUGCCCGCCAUUCGAAGUUAAAAAUUCCCAAAGAAGCCCAAUUUCCUGAGUCCAUUUAUAGUGAAAAAAAUUUGCGCACCCUUAUUUUUGUAAAUCGAAGUGAUGAUAUGUUGUCUACUUUAUUUCAGCAUUUUAGAUGUUUACGAAUAUUAACUUUGGAUUUUAAAUAUGGUGGUACAGUAUGGAAUCUUCCAGAUGCUAUGGAAGAUUUCAUACAUUUGAGGUAUCUCAAUUUAGUCAAUUAUUGUGGAGAUGCAUUGCCUGAAACCAUUUGUAAUCUUUGCAAUUUACAAAUUUUGAAAAUUAUAAGUGAUAGCAAGUUCCAAAAAUUGCCACAGGGAAUGAGUAAACUAAUUAACUUGAGACAUUUUAAUUUGGGCUACAGAUGUGGUGAUUAUUGUUCAAAUGUAAAGUUUCCAAGAGGGUUUGGGAGAUUGACUUCGCUUAGAACAUUAUAUCAUUUCAUCGUAAAUGGUAAGGAUGAUAACGAAAGAUGUAAAUUGGGAGAAUUAAUAAAUUUGAACCACCUGAAGACUCUUGCAAUAUCUGGGUUGGGAAGUGGGGUAGAUGAAUGUGAGGCCAUGAAUGCACAACUGAAGAAGAAGAUAAACCUUCAUACUUUGAUGCUAAGAUUUGUUGAAUGGCAUAAUGUGGAAUGGGAUGAAUGGUGUCAUGGUCGUGAUCCAUUGGAAGUAUGGGUUGAUGAGGGAAUAACAAGGGAGAAAGAUGCAUUAGUUCUAAAUGCCUUGGAGCCACCUCCUAACUUGGAAUAUUUAAGUAUUGGAAGUUACAUGGCACCAAUAAUGUUUCCUAAUUGGAUGAUGUCCUUAACCAAUUUAAAAGAACUUGAAAUUGGCUGGUCAUCUUUAGAGUGUUUGCCUCAUUUGGGGAAACUUCCAAUCCUCAAAUCAUUAAAGAUGUCGCAUAUUAGAAGAUUAGCAAAGUUAGGGGUUGAAUUUAUGGGAAUAGAAGAAUCCGAAAAGAAGGAGAAAGGCCAUAGAAUAAUACCACUAUUCCCAAAUUUGAUAUCUCUCUCAUUUGAGGAGUUCUAUCAUUGGGUAGAAUGGAAUGGGAUUGAAGAAGAAGAAGACUGUAUCAGAAGAUUCACUAUAAUGCCACGCCUUCAAAAUUUGGAAAUUCGCUACUGCCGAGAUUUAAAGUCGCUGCCGAACUUCCUUCGUACAACUCCAUUACAGAAAUUGCUGAUCGAUUUUUGUGGAAUUCAGGAGGAACACUGCAAAAGAGGGACAGGAAAGGAGUGGCCAAAGAUUUCCCACAUUCCUAACAUAUGGAUUUAUUGA